AUGCGGAGUUUUUUAUUUUUAGUGUUUUUUAUUUAUUCAGCAAAUAGUUCAUCGGCACCCUUCAUUAAAAAAUGCAAAGGAGGUGACAAGAAAUGCUUGAAAGAGGCCAUACAAAAAGCUAUUCCCAUUUUAGCAAUUGGCCAAAAAGAACUUGGAAUUGAAACUCUUGAUCCAAUAUUUAUAAAAAGUUUAAAUGCAAGCUCAAAUGGACUGAGUCUGCAGUUCCAAGACAUUUCGGGUACAGGACUUAAAGACUGUGUUGUCAAAAAAGCUAAACACGACGUUUCAAAGUUGAAACUGAAAAUAAAACUGCAAUGCACAGUGGAAUUUAGAGGGCAGUUUGAAAUGAAUGGAAAGCUGCUUCUCUUACCUAUGGAAGGAAAGGGAGAUGGUCGCGUGAUUUUGAGAAAGUUUGUAGUUUCAGUUGAAAGCGAUCUUGGUGAAAUUAAUUGCAGUGACGGACAAAAGCAUUGGACAGUCCAAGAUUACAAGUAUUCGUACGACUUGAAGGAUAAACCAACUAUUGAACUACGAAAUGUCUUUAAUGACAAUGAUGUUAUAGGUCGGACAAUCAAUGAAUUCAUCAACACAAGCAGCGAUGAACUAGUAAAAGACAUUGGACCUCCAUUAUUUGAAGUGGUUCUAAAAAAGGUUGUAGAAAACAUAAAUAAGUUUUUUAAGCAGGUUGCUGUGAGUGAUUUGACGUUAGAUUCUACUGAAUGA